AUGACCUCACUGAGCCCAAGAGGCUCCCAGGAAGGCUCCUGGCCCGGGUGUCUCCUGCGCCUCACGGUGCGGCACAGGAGCGGCUCAGAGGGCGGGGAAGUAGGUGCCCACGCCCUGCCCGGUCCCACUGCCCGAGGCGCGCGGCUCGCGGUCAAGGCACCUGCCAGCCCCCGCCUUCCUCCCCUCCAGCGCCGCCUCGGGAGUGGGGGCGAGCAGGCGGCCUCCCCGCCCGGGGCCGAGAGGACGCGCUGGGGCUGGGGCCGCCUGCCGGGCGCCCGGCGGGGCAGCGCGGGCCCGGCCAAGAGGUGCCCCUUCUCGCUGGAGCUGGCGGAGGGCGGCCCGGCGGACGGCGCGCUCUAUGCACCGAUCGCGCCGCCCGGCGCCCCGGGGCCCGCGCCCCCCGCGCCCCCCGCCGCGCCCCCCGCGUCCCCCGCCGCCGAGCUCGGCCCGCGGCCGCGCGUGAGCCUGGACCCGCGCGUCUCCAUCUACAGCGCGCGCCGCCCGCUGCUGGCGCGCACCCACGUCCAGGGCCGCGUCUACAACUUCCUCGAGCGCCCCACCGGCUGGAAGUGCUUCGUCUACCACUUCGCCGUGUGA